UUCACUUAAAAUGAAUUUUGCUUACAGCUAGCUAGCAAGCUGGACUGAAACCAAAAACAGAAAAACCAAAGUGCAUGUUAUUUCAAUAUUCAUAAUUUUUCUCGACAAGUUGAGGGUUUUUAGAUCACACAUACACACAAAGAAAAGAAAAAAUGAUAGGGUGGGAAGAUGUAUACAAAGUAGUGGUAGCAGUGGUGCCACUCUAUUUUGCUCUAUUAUUAGGGUAUGGUUCACUGAAGUGGUGGAACAUCUUCACCAAGGAGCAAUGUGAAGCAAUAAACAAGCUAGUUUGUUACUUCACAUUGCCACUCUUCAUCUUCGAGUUCACUGCUCACAUCGACCCUUUCAAGAUGAACUUCUCGUUCAUAGCAGCAGACACCAUAUCGAAGUUCAUCAUCAUGGUGGUACUUGCCCUCUGGGCCAAGUGCACUCCUAAAUGCACCUUUUGCUGGUCCAUAAUCAGCUUCUCUUUGUGCAAUCUCACCAACGCUGUUGUUGUUGGGGUUCCAAUGGUGAAGCCCAUGUAUGGAGCCCUAGGUGUGGACCUUGUGGUUCAGUCCUCGGUUCUUCAGGCCACCAUAUGGCUCCCUUUGCUUCUCUUUGUGAUGGAGUUUUGGAGAACGGGAAUUGAGGGCACCACCACCACCACCGUAAAACCAAGAUCAAAAACAAUGAUCAAUAAGAAUGAAGGUGGAGGAGGGAAAGAUGUGGAGGCUGUUGACGUGAAAGAAGAGUUGAUGUUGGAAGAGAGUGUUACUAGUAGGCUUCCUUUUUGCAAGGUGAUGAAGCUUGUGUGGCGCAAACUUGCAACAAACCCUAACUCCUAUGGCUGUGUGAUUGGCAUUUCUUGGGCUUUCAUAUCCAACAGGUGGAAUUUGGAGAUGCCAAGUAUGUUAGAAGGGUCUAUACAGAUAAUGUCAAAGGCCGGGACGGGCACUGCCAUGUUUAGUAUGGGUAUUUUCAUGGCACUUCAGGAGAAGUUGAUUGCUUGUGGACCAAGCAUGACCUUAAUCGGUUUGGUUUUAAAGUUCAUUGCGGGCCCUGCGGCUACGGCUAUUGGUGCCAUUGCUGUAGGAUUGCGUGGUGACGUUUUGCGAGUCGUCAUCAUUCAGGCUGCUGUGCCACAGUCCAUCACAUCCUUCAUUUUUGCUAAAGAAUACGGAUUGCAUCCGGAGGUUCUCAGCACUGCGGUGAUCUUUGGUAUGAUUGUUUCACUUCCCGUCUUAGUUGCCUACUACGCAAUAUUGGAGUUUGUACAUUGAACAAGAGAUGUUUAUAUAUAUAUUAUGGGUCCUAAAGGCUAGGGAUAAUUCAAACUAUUUGAUUUUCUUCUUAAGUAGUUAAACUGAUUCUGUAGCUACCCAAUUGUACCAAUGAUGCCUGUGCGUGUUAUAAUUUGUAAUUUAGUCUGAUUUUGAUCCCUAUUAGCUGGCAAUCAGUUAUAUCUCAUGGAAUGUUAAAAAAAAUACUACUACAUAUGUGAUAUGAUUAACAAUAUUUUUUUUACACUUAAUAAAAAUGUUAUUAAACUUUUUUGACAAUAUUUAAAAAAUAUCGUUAAAUAUGAAUAAAUAUUAUUAAUAUAAAUAAAAAUAGUGAUAUGAAUUAUACACAAUAUUUCAUAAAAUAUCACUAAAAUAUAUUAGUAACAUUUAUUCAUAUUUAAUCAUUUUUUAAAUGUUACUAAAAGUUUUUAAUAACAUUUUUAUUAAGUGUUAGACAAAAAAAUAUUAUUAAAGACCACAUAUGUAAUAGUGAACUUGAAAUCAUCCAUGUUUUGAUGUGUACAUGGCCUAUUAUUAUCUACAAUCAAUUUCUUA